AUGGACGCUCAGAUCGAGCAAGCGAUCGAGAUCGCCGCGAAUCCUGCGUCGGAACCAUCGCUCAAGAACCAGGCCAUCGAAUACCUUAACCAGGUCCGCGCCGACCCCCAGGGCUGGCAGGUCUGCACUACCCUCUUCACCCGCACUCCUCGCCCAUCCGAGGUUACUCGGCUAGUGUCGCUAGAAAUCAUCAACAAUGCCGUGCAGUCGCAAGUCCUGGACGCCAACGGCUUGAGCUUUCUCAAGCAGGCCCUGCUCGACUACAUAGCGCGCAACUAUGGCGGCGAGUCUCAGGACUCACCUGACCCGGCGCACCUUCAAAACAAGCUUACCCAAACCUUGACUUAUAUGUUUGUGUUCCUCUAUAAGGAGGGCUGGACAAGCUUCAUCGAUGACUUCCUGGCCCUUGCAAACAAGGAGAACAAUCUGCCUGGCGUGGUCAUGUACCUGCGCAUCUUGGGCUCCAUCCACGAUGAGAUUGCCGACCUGAUGCUCAGCCGCCCCGACAGCGAGGCCAAGCGCAAUGCCGAGCUCAAGGACCUGAUCCGCGAGAGGGAUAUGCGCAAGAUUGCGCAGUCCUGGAAGGAGCUGCUGGUGCGGUGGAACGGCAAGAAUGACAACGUGCUGGAGAUGACGCUCAAGAUCAUCGGCAAGUGGGUUAGCUGGAUUGACAUUCACCUUGUUAUCAACGAGGAGAUGAUGAACCUCUUGCUGCCUUUGGUUGGGAGGUUAAAUGCCUCCGGCAAGGAAGACCGGGUCCGCGAUGCGGCGGUAGACUGUUUCACGGAGAUCGUGGCCAAGAAGAUGAAGCCCAAUGACAAGGUCGAGAUGAUCUCCUUCCUGAACCUCCGCGAGAUCGUCACCCAGCUGCUGGCGAGCCCGCCGCUUAACGAGUGGAAAGGAACGCCCCGCUACGAUACCGAUCUUGCCGAGGCCGUAGCUAAGCUUGUCAACACCAUCAUGACCGACGUUGUCCGUGUCCUGGAGGAUGGCAAAGCCGAGACGGAAGCAAGGGCAAAGGCUGAGCAGCUGCUGCGCGACUUCCUCCCGUCGCUUUUGCGUCUCUUCUCGGACGAGUACGACGAAGUGUGCUCAACCGUCAUCCCCUCGCUGACCGACCUCUUGACAUUCCUUCGCAAGGUUGGCACGUUGCCUGCCAGCUACUCAGAGAUGUUGCCGUCUAUCCUGAACGCCAUCGUGCUCAAGAUGCGGUACGACGAGACGAGCAACUGGGGCGCUGAAGACGAGCAGACCGACGAGGCCGAGUUCCAGGAGCUGCGCAAGAAGCUGCAGAUUCUGCAGAAGAGUGUGGCUUCGGUCGACGAGAACCUGUGCAUCGAGUACCUGAGCAAUCUGGUGGCCAACAUGUUUAGCACGCUGGAGCAGCAGGGUUCGAACAUGGACUGGCGAGACCUCGACCUGGCGCUGUACGAGAUCUACCUGUUUGGCGAGCUCGCGCUGCCCAAUAUGGGUCUGGCCCCCAAGAGCCAGGCGAAUACCCUCGCUGUCGAGAGGCUGGCUGUCAUGAUGAGCAAGAUGGUCGAGUCGGGCAUCGCCAACUACCCCCAUCCUGCGAUCGUCCUUCAGUACAUGGAAAUCUGCGCUCGGUAUUACCACUUCUUUGAGAGCCAUCAACAGUACAUUCCGCGGGUUCUCGAGAACUUUAUCCAGCUGGUUCACCACGACCAUGUUCGCGUCCGGACAAGGUCUUGGUAUCUAUUCCUGCGCUUCGUCAAGACGCUGCGGGCACAGGUCGGCAAUGUGGCAAAGACGGUUAUCGAGUCCAUCAGCGACCUCCUGCUCAUCAAGGCUGAAGUUCCUGGCAACGACGCCGAUGAUGACAUGUCAUCUGAUGAGUCCGAUCACUCGGCCGACGCGGUGUUCAACGGCCAGCUGAACUUGUAUGAAGCUGUUGGCUGCAUCGCAUCUACCACUGCUACGCCGCCGGAGGAGCAAGCGCUGUACGCUCGUUCUGUCAUGGAGCCCCUCUUUAACGACAUGAGCGCGCACCUAGAAAGGGCCAAGACCGGUGAUGCUCAGGCUAUCCUGCAGGUUCAUCAUAUCGUGAUGGCCCUGGGUACCUUGGCUAACGGCUACAGCGAGGCAAUUGCUGCGCAGCAGCAGCAGCAGCAGCAGCAGCAGCAGCAGCAACAACAACAGCAACAACCUAAGGACAAGGAGGGUGCCGCGGUCGAGAAGAAGGCCCGUCCACAGCCCCCACAGGUGAUUGCAAACGAGUUCUCGCGUGCUGCUGAGGCCAUCCUGAUCGCUCUCAGCCAGCUCAAUGCGAGCAGCGAGAUCCGUGCCGCCUGCCGGUCCGCCUUCUCCCGUCUGCUCGGCGUUCUGGGCGUUUCUGUCCUGCCCCAACUGCCGCAAUGGAUCGAGGGCCUGCUCUCGCGCAGUUCGACCAAGGACGAAAUGGCCAUGUUCCUCCGCCUCCUCGAACAAGUUGUCUACAACUUCAAAGGCGAGAUCUACAACAUCCUCGACCUCCUCCUAACCCCCUUGCUCGAGCGCAUCUUCAGCGGUCUCUCCGAGCCCAUCAGCGGCACAGACGACGAGAUCCAACUGCAGGAACUCCGCCGCGAAUACGUCUCCUUCAUCCAAGUCAUCUUCCUCAACGACCUCGCCGGCGUCCUCGUCUCGGCCGCCAACCAAGCCAUCUUUGAGUCCCUCGUCCAGUCCAUCAUCACCAUCGCCAAGACCCUCUCCUUCGGCAACCUCGUCCCCUCCCGCAUCGCGCUCAACGUCCUCACCCGCAUGGCCGUGCAGUGGGGCGGCCCGGACAUCGUCACGCCCGGCCCGGAGAACAACCUUGCUAACCCGACGCCGGCGCCCCAGCCCGCGUUCUCUGGAUUUGAUAGCUUCAUGAUUGACCAGUUCCAUACCCUGUGCUGGGCCGUCAUCCAGGAUCCGACCUUCCGCCCUGGGUCGGAUGCGCAGAGUAGGCAGAUUCUGAAUGAGAUUGCUGGCUUACAGCAGGUGGUGUACGCCAAGACGGGAGAUGUGUUUGUUAGGCAUGUGAGGGAGGUGACGUUCCCGUCUCUGGGGCUCGGCGAGGCGCAUGCGGGGGAGUAUCUGAGGGUUGUGGCGACGUCUGCGGAUCGCAAACCGGUGGGGCAGUGGUUGUUGGAAUUGUUGAAGGGGAAGGGGGGCGGAAGGUAG